AUGAAACGACACGAUGAAAUUCGCGGGAGUUUUAUACCAGUUUUCAUUCCAGUUUGUGCUUCUCUUUUCUUUUUAUUUGAAUCAUAUGUCCACUGUAUUUACACUGCUUAUGAAUAUGGUCAUAAAACAUUUCAGAAACAACUGUUUCCAAACAUAUCUAAUACAAGCAGUAGUGAAGAAUCUCCAUGUGAAACCAACACAUCCUCACAAGCUUACAAAGACGAACAGGUUGUGCAACAAGUGGUGGCGAGAUGGGGAGUUUACAUCAACUUGGCACAAGGAGUACCACUUGUCUUCUCAAGCUUGAUGUUCUCGUCUCUGAGUGAUUCUUUGGGAAGAAAACCGUUUCUGUUCAUUGGAGCCAUUGGUUUGUUUACCAAGCAGCUUUUAAUGACUCUAGCUAUGGUAAUGGAAUGGAAUAUCUACUUGUUUGCUCCUUUUACUUUGAUUGAAGGAGGAAGCGGAGGUUGGAUUACCGUAAUUGCGAUCGCUUUUGCCAUUGUUGCUGAUAUUACGAAUGCAGGAAAACACAGGUCUUUUCUGAUGACUCUCUUAAGCGUUGUUUUAGGAACUGGUUUUUCCCUUGGGACAUUUGUGUCUGGAUAUAUUGUCACUGAAAUUGGCUAUGAGUACUCAAUGGCUGUGUCGUGUGGCAGUGCUGGACUUUCAAUUAUGAUAAUAUGCUUUAUUCCAGAGACAGUAUCAAAAGCACAAAGAAGGAAAUCGAAUUUUAGCUGUAUUGGCAAUUUAAAAGACAUGAUUCAAUUUUACACAAAAGAUGAUCCCUCCUCUCCGAGUUCCACAAGAUUCAGAUAUUUAACUGCAAUAUUAGCUUUCUUUUUCAUAAUGGGUGCGAAAUUCGGCGCAUUUGCAUUUGAAGUGUUCUAUUUGCUUGGCCCUCCAUUUUGUUUUAGUCCAAAGGAAAUAAGCAUAUUUGAGACCAUAAAAACAAGUCUUUCUAAACUUGUUGUUAUACUAGGAAUGAGGCCAAUGCAGAGAUGUCUGAUGGACGAACUCAUAGCUCUAAUUGGUGUUCUUUCAUACAUAGCUAUGUUUGUACUGUUUGGAAUAGCACCAACGGAAACGUUUCUCUAUAUAGCUGUUGCUGUUGGAUGUUUUGUAUCGUGUGUUCCUCCAAUUCUUCGCGCCAUUAUGUCUAAGAUGACGCCCCAAGACAAGCAAGGUGUCCUUUUUGGAAGUAUCGCUGUUGCGGAGAACAUAUGUAACCUGUCAAGUAGUGUCAUAGGCGGCGCCAUCUACUCGGAAACUGUGGCUCUCUACCGGGGGACAGCCUAUUUUGUAUUAACUGGAUUUUUGGUCUUGUCAGCUUUUCUUCUGUUGGCUUUCAUAAAGAAUGAUAAAAAGAAUCACAACAGAAAAGAUUAUAUAGCUAUAGAAUAAACAAGAGCCGUAAAAGAUAAAACAACAAGAGGCCCAUGGUCUAUUGUCGAUUGUUUACCUAAGCAACAUUAGCAAUUAAAACAUCAGCUUAAUAGAGUCAUACAAAAUAUCCGGACAAUGUAGUAGAAUAGAUGCUGUAUAAAAAAAAAUGGUGAAAUAUAUUAUGGUGAAAAGAGACAGUAAUGGAUCAAUACAUGAAACCAUUUAUUAUUGUCCCAUUGCAAAUAGUGCAUUUGGUAUAGCAUUUAGUGUAAACGUUAUUUUAUGAAGUCUAUGUACUGGAUUUAUUGUGUAUUUGUUAUAUAGUUCACCAAUUCAACACUUAAAUUAAAAUGUUGAACUAUCCAUAUACUGACUACACUAAGAAUUUUUACUGCUGUGCCGAAUUUUAUAACCAAUUCUCGCAGAUUUAUAUAAGUAAAUAUAUUUUUUCAUAUGUUUGUUCUUUACCAUUUUUAUUUAAGGAAUAAGUCCCUUGGGCUUUAUUAGAUCUGAUUACGCCCGACCGAAAUUAUCACCUCAUAAUAUUCAGAGAAUGAUUCCUUAUUACUUAUCUUUAUAUAAUUUUAAGCCAUCAUACGAUUAAGUUUUUAAAUGUAAUUUAAUAAACAAACCCCGCUGGCGCCUCAAUUUGGCGUCAUUU